AUGGAAUGUUUUCGUUUUAUUCGCUGGGUACCCUACUCCACUUUGCGCGGCAGCGGUCAGAAGGCGGAGCUUAUCGGCAAACUCGCGUCGAAGCUGGCUUCACUGUCAAUUCGAGAGCUGCGAAGAGUACGCUCGCGUCUAUUACGUAGUGUGUUUAUAAUGGGAAAUAGAAAAAGAGGCCAGAAGAAGCCAUCUAAGAAAAAAGUAAUUGAAGUGGGUUGCAAAGAAAAAUGUGAAGCUGGACCAAGUGGGAUAUCAAGGAAAACUCAUUCCGUGGAAAAAUCACGCCAAAUUAGUAAUAAUGCUUCCAUGAAGUUGUUUCAAUAUGAUUCUUCAUCAAGGCCAUCUACACCAGACCCAUUUAGUGAUGAUGGAGAGUAUGGUUCCGAUAACGACUAUGAUCCAGGAUAUGAUGAUAAUACAGACAGCACUAGCACUGUUAGUGAUCACACAAAGCAACGUGAAAAGAAACAACUAAAGAAACGUUCCAAGGACAACGCAACGAGGUCACAUGGUAAACGCAACUCUGAAAGCAGUGUAAGUAGAAGCUCUGAUUCUGACGAUCGAACCGAAGGCUAUAGCGAGUGCACGGAUGUAUGUGAUAGCGAUGACAACGAGGAUGAUACAAAUUCGAUAUCGGCAGAAUCUAGUGAUGAGAGUAUUUUUGACAGUGGAAAGAGAAAAAAGAAGGGGCAGAGUUCCUCUUUAGGAUCAAGAUACAAAAAACCUAAGAUCGCCAGUGCAGAUCAGAGUACCGACAGUAUGUCGUUAGAUUCUGAGGCAUUGCUAAAUAAUAUAGAAAAUCUUGAAAGCUCUUCAGUGCAACUCGAUCCUGUAGUAUUAGAAAAUAUCUCAAUUUAUUCACAUAUCGAAGGAAGUCACUCCCAUACUAAUCCACAAAUUCAAGGUGCUGAAGACGACCAUGCUGCUGCAGCUGCUGAGGUUAAUCCCGCGCCUGCCAACCUACGUGCACUGGAACUAGACGCAUCUGCGCAGCGCCACUCUCCUGGUUCUCCUGCACCGGAUCCAGCAGCUGCUGAGGGAAAUCCCGCGCAUGACAACCUACCUGCCUUGGACCUGGAUGUAGCUGCGCAGCACCGCUCUCCUAGCUCUCCUGCACUGGAUCGGGAGGCUGUUGAGGGAAAUCCCGCGCCUAUCAACGUAUCUGCCCUGUACCUGGAUGCAGCUGCACAGCGCCGCUAUCCUGGCUCUCCUGCACCGGAUUCAGCAGCUGCUGAGAGAAAUCCCGCGCCUGACAACCUACCUGCGCUGUACCUAGACGCAGCUGCGCAGCGCCACUCUCCUGGUUCUCCUGCACCGGAUCCAGCAGCUGCUGAGGGAAAUCCCGCGCAUGACAACCUACCUGCAUUGGACCUAGAUGCAGCUGCGCAGCAGCGCUCUCCUAGCUCUCCUGCACUGAAUCGGGAGGCUGUUGAGGGAAAUCCCGCGCCUGUCAAAUUAUCUGCCCUGUACCUGGACGCAACUGCGCAGCGCUGCUCUCCUGGCUCUCCUGCACCGGAUCCAGCAGCUGCUGAAAGAAAUCCCGCGCCUGCCAACUUAUCGGCCCUGGAUCUGGACGCAGUUGAGCAGCGCCGCACUCCUGGCUCUCCUGUAUCGGAUCCAACGGCUGCUGAGGAAAAUCCCACGCCUUCCAACCUACCUGCUCUGGACCUGGACGCAGCUACGCAGUGCCGCUCUCCUAGCUCGUCUGCAUCAGAUCGGGAGGCUGCUGAGGAAAAUCCCGCGCCAGCCAACCUUCCUACCCUGGACUGGGACGCAACUACGCAGUGCCGCUCACCUAGCUCUUCUGCACCACCAGAACUAAACGCUACUGUAAGAUAUCCAACUCCGGCCAGCACACUUGCACUGGAGGUAGUUGCAGAGCGUGGCUUGUCCGCCUCUCCUGAGCCGGAACGAGAUGGUGCCGAAACGAAUUCUGCGCCUACCAGUCCAUCUGCUUUGGAUCGGGAAGCAUUUGUACAACGCAACCCUUCUAUCUGUCAUGUGCUGGACCCAGAGGCCGCUGAAAGAAACUCCGUGCCUGACACACUCCCCGAGAUAAGUCCAGCGACCAAUUGCAGACCAAGCACUCCUCCACUGAUAAAUUAUGAUUGGGAACACACGAACACAGACAUAUCUUCGUUCGAGUUUGAUGAAAGUUCAGCAGGUGUCCAGUUUGAAGUCAACCCAGCUAUGACAGUUAUGGAAAUAUUUGAUAAAAUUCUUAAUCCUAAUAUUGUAGACUAUAUUGUAACAUGUACUAAUACAGGCCGCCUUGCCUUCAGACAAUAUAUAAAGAGCAAAAAAGUACGUUACGGAAUCAAAUUCUUCGAGUUGACAACUUCUGAUGGCUAUGUUUUAAAUAUAAUGAUGUACUCCGGAAAAGACACAACUGCUCGAACUGGCAAUAAAUCUGAAAAGAUCGUCCUUCGUCUCAUGAGGCCAUAUUUGCUGAAGGGACAUCAAUUAUACAUGGAUAAUUAUUACAAUUCCGUAACACUUUCGCAAAAGCUAGUUGACUUAAAAACUCACACCACAGGUACCUUACGUUCAAACAGAAAAGAUAAUCCCAAAGACAUCAUUAAGAAAAAACUCAAGAAGAAUCAACAUGUGUGGGUACGAAAAAAUAAGGUCUAUGUUUCAAAAUGGGUUGACAAGCGACCAGUUCUUAUGGUAACAACUUCAGUUCAUCCUCGGCUUAUAGAAAUACAAAACAGAUUUCAACAAAGAAAAAUUAAACCCGCAGAAGUGGCAGAAUACAAUCAACACAUGUCCGGAGUUGAUAGAGCAGAUCAAAUGAUCUCAUAUUACUCCUCACCAAGGAAAUCAAUCCGGUGGUAUAAAAAAGUGAUGUUCCACUUGUUGGAUGUCGCAGUAUGGAACUCAUUUUUUAUUUUCAAAAAAUACUGCCAAGCCAAUUGUGAUUUCUUGCUUUUCCGAGAGGAAUUGAUUCGAAGACUGUUGGACUUACCAGCAGAUUUAACAGCAGAGCAAGUGAUUUUAGCUCGCAGCAAAUAUGACAACAGAAUCAGAGCUAAUUUAUUGCCACUUCCAGUCAGUACCAUUGACGACGACGUCGGAAGCUAA